UUACUACUACCACUUUACUCCUUGUUCCAUUCUGCGGAUUCCCUUCUCAGAAGAUAACGCAACACAGAGAGCGAGGGGCGACCUGAGAACAUUCAUCUAUUCUAUUUUAUAUAUGACUAAUAUUCCCAAUCGCUUCGUUGCGCUGGCCGUCUUCCUGACGACGGCGACGCUCCUCCUCCACCAGGCCGCCGCCGCCACAUACGUUGUCGGCGGCUCAAUCGGUUGGGGGAUUCCGCCUAACCCCGCCGCAGCCUAUGCCAAUUGGGCGGCCGGCAAACCCUUUGCAGUCGGAGAUGUUUUAGUGUUCAAUUUUACAACGGGGACGCAUGAUGUGGCCCGUGUGUCGAAGGCAUCCUACGACAACUGUGGCCCGAGCACCAGCAAUUUGAUCACCAUCGGCCCGGCAAGCUUCACUCUCAACUCUACCGGACCCGAUUAUUAUAUCUGCACUUUCCCUCAACAUUGUUCAUUGGGACAAAAAUUAGCCAUCAAUGUCUCGGGUUCCACCGGGACUCCAGCUCCGGCUCCGGCUCCGACACCACCCACCACUCCAACUCCGGCACCGCCAACCCCAACUCCAUCAUCAGGGGCACCGGGACCGUCACCUUCAUCAGAAGGACCAUCGCCAUCGCCGUCGCCGUCACCAUCAUCGGGAGCACCAUCGCCGUCACCGUCUUCAUCCCCAUCUCCAUCUCCAUCACCUGGUGGGAAUGCCGGUCCUCCGGCACCGGCUGGUCCUGUUCCCGGAUCCGAGCCUUCACCGGCGGAAGGUCCUGGCACGCCUUCCCCACCACCUCCGAGCUCCGGCAUGAUUACUCCUGCCGGCAGUCUCUUUUCUGUAGCUAUGUCGAUUUUCUAUUGGCUUGUGAUCCAAGGUUAAAUAUUGUUGUAAAUUUUCUAAGUUGUUGUAAGGUUUACCGAUGAUAUUUGGAUUGUGUUGUGGUUUGAUGUGUCGUUUUUGUUUGUAGCUUUCCAUUGUUUUGGUCUCAUUUGUUUCGUGUGAGGAUUUUUGCUUAGCGUUGUAUUUGUAUUCUUGUGGGAUGAAUAAAACUCCAGUCGGUUUUUAGUUGUUCCAA